AUGACUCCGCCGCUGCAGGGUGUACGCAUCCUCGAGAUGUCGCAGGCCAUCGCCGGCCCCGUGGCGGCGCGGACGCUGGGCGAUCUGGGCGCUGAGGUCAUCAAGAUCGAGCAGCCGGGCGUGGGGGAUAUGUCGAGGCGCAUCGGCCCUCAUUUCCUUGGCGGCGAGAGCGCCUACUACCUGAAUUUCAACCGGAACAAGAAAAGCGUAACCAUUGACCUGCGGACACCGCAGGGCCGGGAGGUAUGCCACCGGCUCGUCGCGGUAUCCGACGUGGUUUUCGACGCCUUCAGGCCCUCGGUGCUGGACCGGCUGGGGCUGGGCUACGAGACACUCAAGGGGAUCAAUCCGUCCAUCAUCGCGUGUUCGCUGUCAGCGUUCGGGCAGGAGGGUCCAUACAGGGAGCGACCGGGUUUCGACGGCAUCGUGCAGGCUAUGGGCGGCGGAAUGAGCGUCACGGGACAUCCUGGCCAGCCCCCGGUGUUCAUGGGCUUCCCGGUGGGAGACAUGGUGGGCGGCUACAUGGCGGCACUGAGCAUCGCCUCGGCCCUCUAUGGUCGCAGGGUAACCGGCGAGGGGCGGCGGCUGGACAUUUCACUGCUGGAUGUACAGAUUGGACUGCAGGCGCACCUGGGGCAGUUCUAUCUUGUGUCCGGGGAGGUCCCGCAGCCAAUUGGGUCCGGGCACCCAUCCAACCUGCCGGUCGGAGCGUACCAGUGCGCCGACGGCAAGUACGUGCAGGUGCACUGCGCCAGCCAGGAGUUCGCGAUGAAAACGCUGCGGAUGAUGGCCGGCGAGGUCGAGGCGCUAGAAGGGAUGGACGAGGACGCAAGGUUCACCACCGCGCCCGCACGAAUCGAAAACCGCGGAGCGCUGGAGGCCUCGCUGACGGCAGGUUUCGCGACCAAGCCACGGGACGAGUGGGAGGGACUGUUGCUCAAGUGGGAUGUGCCCGGCGGGCCGGUAAACAACAUCGCCGAGGCCCUGGCAGACCCGCAAGUACAACUGCGCGACAUGGUGGUGGAGAUCGAGCACCCGGUGGCUGGCACGUACCGGACGGCCGGCAACCCCAUCAAGGACGGAAAUCCCGACAGCUUCGACCCUCCGCCUACACUGGGGCAGGACACGGACGGGGUGCUGACCGGGCUGCUGGGCUACAGCGACGCGGAGGUGGCAGAGUUUCGGGACGCAGGGACGAUUUAG